AUCCACUUCAAGGCCAUAUCAACCCAUUGUUUAGAUUAGCAAAGCUGCUUCAUAUGAGAGGCUUUCUCAUAACCUUCAUCUGAGAUGAGUAACUCUACAGAGAGAAAGCCACAUGCACUGUUGACACCAUUACCACUUCAAGGCCAUAUCAACCCAUUGUUGAGAUUAGCAAAGCUGCUUCAUCUGAGAGGCUUUCACAUAACCUUUGUCCACACUGAAUACAACAUUAAACGCUUGCUCAACUCAAGGGGUCCUAAAGCCCUUGAUGGCCUUCAAGACUUUCAUUUUGAGACCAUACCAGAUAGUCUUCCCCCCACAUAUGGUGAUGGUGAUGUCACUGAAGACGCAGUGUCUCUUGCUAAAUCAGUGAGAGAGAAGAUGCUCGUACCCUUUCGCGAUCUUCUUGCUCGUCUUCAUGAUUCUUCCACUGCUGGCCUUGUACCUCCAGUUACUUGCUUGGUUUCUGAUUGUUGGAUGUUUUUUACUAUACAAGCUGCUGAAGAACUUUCACUUCCUAUUGCUCUAUUUUCACCGAUCAGUGCUUGUUCCUUAAUGUUUGUUUUGCACUACCGUUCUCUUUUUGAUAAGGGUCUCCUACCACUCAAAGAUAAGAGUUAUUUGACAAAUGGGUAUUUGGACACAAAAGUGGACUGGAUACCAGGAAUGAAAAACUUUAAACUGAAGGACUUGCCUGAGAUUAUAUGGACCAUAGAUCCAAAUGACUUCAUGUUAAAAUUUCUCAUUGAAGUAGGAGAUAAUAUGCAAAGAAGCUCUGCUAUUAUUUUAAAUACUUUUGCUGAACUUGAGAGUGAUGUAUUGAAUGGUCUCACCUCUAUGUUCCCUUCUCUUUACCCCAUUGGCCCUCUCCCUUCAUUUUUAAACCAAAGUCCACAGAACCACUUGGCUUCUCUAGGUUCCAAUCUUUGGAAGGAAGAUACUGAGUAUCUUGAAUGGCUUAAAUCCAAGGAACCAAAGUCUGUUGUUUAUGUGAACUUUGGUAGCAUCACAGUUAUGUCUCCAGAGCAACUUUUGGAGUUUGCUUGGGGUUUGGCCAACAGCAAGAGACCCUUUUUGUGGAUCAUUAGGCCUGACCUUGUCGUGGGUGGCUCAAUGAUUUUAUCAUCUGAGUUUGUCAAUGAAACUUUAGAUAGAGGCCUAAUAGCAAGCUGGUGUCCACAAGAGGAAGUGCUGAACCACCCUUCAAUUGGUGGAUUCUUGACUCAUUGUGGAUGGAACUCAACAAUUGAAGGCAUUUGUGCUGGCGUGCCAAUGCUGUGUUGGCCAUUUUUUGCUGAUCAGCCAAUAAACUGUAGACACAUUUGCAAAGAAUGGGGCAUUGGGAUUGAAAUUAACACCAAUGCGAAGAGAGAGGAGGUGGAGAAACAGGUCAAUGAAUUGAUGGAGGGAGAGAUAGGAAAGAAGAUGAGGCAAAAGGUCAUGGAAUUGAAGAAGAAGGCAGAGGAGGGCACCAAACUAGGUGGUCUUUCACACAUUAACUUGGAGAAAGUGAUUUGGGAAGUGCUGCUUAAAAAAAAUUAGAUUAAAGUGCUAUUUUUUCCCCGCCAAGAAGUACUGUGAUAGUUCAUUGAUUUUCUGCUCUUGAAUUUGUUGCUUAGUUAAGCAAAAAUAAGUUUCCGUUGGAAGUGGUUGUUAUAUUUUAAACAUAUAAGUUAUCAUUGUGUUUAUGUUCAUGCAAUGAUGCAGCUUAUGAUAUCUCUAUUGCAAACCAGGUUGAGACCACGGGUAUGCUUGAUGCUGACUAACAGUGGUGGUGAAUGGUGAUCCAAGAUCCUAAGUCAGUGAUUAUAUAACAUUAAUUGUAUGAACUGUUGCUUUUAUCGUCA